AUGGAAGAAGAAUACGAAGAGGAAGCGACGGCGGCACCGUCGAAGCCCCGAGGUCUCCACAUAAAGAAAAGAGCUCUAAAAAACAAAGCACUCACCGUUCCUUUCAACGAGAAGGAUCUCAGAAUUCAUCAGAGAAAGUUAGAAAAGGAAUUUGCCUUAUAUGGAGGAGCACUUCCCAGCAAAGGCUCAGAACCUGAUGGAGUUGAUGAGAACAACGAGGAUGAUGAAGAAAGUGAUCCAACUGCAUCAGUUUCUGUGGUGGAAGGGACAACGAAAUAUGACGGCGAAAACACGACUGUCACUGUGAUUACGAGCGAGAUCUCGCUCAAGGAAGAAGAAGACUUUAACAGUGAAAGUACUCAAACACUGAGAUCAGUUGGAGAUAAAGUUGAUAGAAAACAAUCCUUGCCUGUGAGUAAAAGUAAACUCUUCAAGAAAGUUGCAAAACACAGAUUUAAGCCACCAAGUAAAAGAGACAGAAAUAAGGGGAAGAAACGGAACAAGAACAGGAACAAAAAGGUUGGUAGUCAUGGAUACCUGAUGCUAUUUCACGUGGAGAAGUGUAAUACAAGUUUAACAACCUGAAGGAAUUGGCAAUCUGCAAGGAAGCCUUAGGUUAUCUCCAUCUUGCCUUUUUAUAAUUUAUUCCUAUUUCCCUUUUGAAUUCAAAUAUGGAAGACGUUUUAAAAUCCGGUUUUAAGUAAUUUGAAUGGAUUAUUUUUGUUCCA